CUGCUUAAAGAUUAAUUGUCGCACGUUGUUCAACAACGAUAAACGAUGGUGUGUGACCCUAGAUGUAGGUUGAAUGAGGACAUCACGUGUCUUAGAAUGAUUAAUUGCUUCUAUCCUGACACCCCCUUUACUUCUGUGUGGUACGCCCCGGCGCUAUAAGCAGCCAAUCAACAAUGACCUGAGUGAGGUAACAGUAUGUAGUCCUACAUUAUAGUGACUACUGAACUAACAACACACCACAUGUGAAUAUAUGAAGAACUCACAGUUGAUAAUAACAUUUUCAUCAGUGCAGGUGAACUGCUGAGACGAGAUGAAUCUGUGUGUACAAGUUCUGUUGUUCGGCACUUUGUUGCCAGCGGUGUUGUCCGCCCGCAUCGUCCAUUUGGUGCCUCCGUACAGCCGAGGGAGUCACUUCUCGGUGGCGUCCCGAGUGGCCGAGGGUCUGGCGGACCGAGGGCACGACGUAACCAUGGUGUUACAAGGAGAGGGUUACAGAGGCGUCAGUCACAAAUACCGCGUGGAGAUGACCAAGUCAGCCUUCUCGGAAGACGCAAAGGAGGCCAACUUUCAGGACUUUCUGUCCCAGACCCUCGCUGGUCAGUACGACUCCGACAUGGUGUCCAAACUCUUCGGACACAUGGCGGACGAAUGCCAGGCCAUGCUGAACGACAAGGACCUUUUCCAGGCCGUAAAUUCGUCCAUGUUCGACCUUGCAGUGAUCGACCCGUUCAACUUCUGCCCGUACAUCUACGUCCAGCGGCUGGGCGUCCCUUUCGUCGUGUUGGACGCCACACCGGCGUUCUUUAGCGGCCGUAACGCCUACCUGCCCUCUCCGCCGACCUACGUGCCCGCCCUGUCCUCCCAGCUCACCGACAAAAUGGACCUACUGGGUCGUCUGAAGAACACGCUGCUGGGGCUGGUGUCGUCUGCCAUGGACUCCUACAUUCUGUCACUCUUCGAUAAUCUCCGGCUGGUCCACGGGAUCUGUCCUGACCUUCCCUUCCCACAGAUGAUGAGCCGGGCGGAGUUUUGGAUGUUCCAGUCGGACGUGGCGCUCGACUUCCCCCGGCCAACCAUGCCGAACGUGCAGUUCGUCGGAGGCCUGACAGCUCGGCCGGGAAAACCUUUACCUCGGGAACUGGCAGAAUUUAUGGAAGACUCAGAAGACUAUGGCGUCGUGGUGGUGUCCUUUGGCUCGGUCAUCGACCACAUCCCCGACCGGGCGCUCCUGGAGAAGCUUGCGGGCGGUCUCGCCAGGCUGCCCCAGCGGGUCGUCUGGAAGUUCACGGGCGUGCCACCGUCCAACCUCGGCAACAACACAAAACUCAUGGCCUGGCUGCCGCAGAAUGAUUUACUAGCCCACCCUUACACCAAGGCCUUCGUGACGCACGCGGGAAUUAACGGGCUGUACGAGGCGCUGUACCACGCCGUGCCGGUGGUCGGACUGCCCAUGUUCGCCGACCAGUUCGACAACAUGGCCCGCAUGGCGGGGAAGGGCAUGGGGAUCACGCUGGACAUCUGGAACCUCCAGCCUAAACACCUGGCCGCAGCUGUUACCAGAGUCAUCCAAGACAAACAGUAAGCACAUGCACAUGUAAUGGUUUUACCACAUCAUAUCACAUAGUUAUGCUGAAGCAGCAAUUGACACAACAUUCCGUAAAGCAUUUUUUUUUUCAUUAAAAGUCACACACCUGCAAUAUGAAACGCCAUCUACUUGUCCAAGCUAAAAGACCAGUAAAACAGAUGGAAAUUCUUACUCAAGCUACUGGAUAGUUUUUGAAAACUAUUCAGAUGGUUUUCGUCAGUGACUUAUUGUGUAACUUAUUACCCUGUAUGUCUAAGCUUCAUGGAGGUGACCAGUAAAUACACUGAAUGGUACUUUGCAAAGAAUUCUUCAAAGAAAACUUUAAAACUUUCUGUAAUUGAAGUUUUUUUUCUAUCACAUAUAUAAUGACAGAACGUUUUCCUA